UUCUCCCGUGUUGCCACAUGGAGUCUGCUGGUCUGGGUGGCGCUGCGAUGUCUUGAGGCUGUCCUGUGCAGAGUCAGCGUUCAAGAACCACCAGCGGUAAGAUCGAAACUACCAAUCUUGGGCCAAGCGUUGAAGUUAUUCACCCAAGGCGUGUCAUACUACGAGAAUUUAAGGAAACAGACCAAUCUUCCAAUCUUAACGACGUUUCUCGGCACACAAAAGGUGUACGUCGUGAAUUCGCCAGAACUCAUUAACCAGAUAAACCGACAAGGAAAGAAAAUCGAUGCAACUUUGCCAUUUCUCUCUGUCGUCUGCGGAAAGUUCUUUGGCAUGCAUGGCGAGGACUUGAACGGCUUGAUGCGAAAUGCCACCGCCAAAAACUCUCUGCGGCAUGAUCUCAGAGCGAUGGAGCACGCUGCUUUGGAAGCCGGAACGGAGUCCAUGGCGGAAAUCCACGGGAAUAUUUCCCGGGAACUCGCUGACAUACUGAAUGACACUGCUUCACGAGGUCCUGAGAAAGUGAACCUUCUAGACUGGCUGCAGAGGACGUUUACCCUGGCAACAGGCAGAGGGGUGUUCGGUCACGGCAACCCAGUCGACCGCUCUGAAGACUUGGUCAGUUGCUUGUGGACUAUGGAGAGCGGCCUCAAAAAGCUCACGAUGUUGCCAUACCAGUCGUUUACGGCGCGCGAGGCCGUGAUGGCUCGUGAGCGAUUGGUUCAAGCUUUCAUAGAUGACAAAGACCCCAAAGGCCCAGUUGGUCUUGGUCGUGGUUCCAUCGUACUGAGCCAAAAGUUCUCUAACCUAACUCAGCGUCAUAACACGAGCGUGGAGUUUAAGGCGAGAUACACUCUUGGCUUCUUCACUGGGUUCUUGAUCAACUCAGUUCCGGCUGUGUUUUGGAUUGUCAGUCUCUUGGCAGCAAAUAAAGGCUUAGCGGACAGGAUUAGGUCUGAGGUCCAGCAGGUCGUCACCACCAUUGGCUCAGAGGAGAUAACCGUCGAAGCCGCUUCUCUUAGAUCGCAGUGCCAGGUGCUAGUUUCUACAUGUCGGGAAGUCCUUCGCUGUAUCAGCUCCUCCAUCGGCACUUUUCUAGUAAACGACGACAUUCACCUGGACGAUGGACUUGUGCUCAAGAAGGGUGCUAUCAUACAGAUAGCAGCCACGGCGAUACAUUCCAACACGGCCAUAUGGGGCACGUCAGCCAACGAGCUUGACCCAGAAAGAUUUCUUAGACAGGAGAAAGUGCACCCAGCGGCGAACCGAGUCUUCGGGGGCGGCGGCUCCAUGUGCCCAGGCAGGCAUCUGGCAUUGGAUGAGCUGCUAACUUUCACUGCUAUGUUUGUGCAUACUUUUGAGGUUGAUUUGUUGCCGAAUGCCUCGAGGAUUCCUGAACAGGAGCGAAAUGCUAUGCUUUCUGUCAAAAAGCCAAGCUCGGAUCUGCUGGUACGGGUGUCACGGCGGGCUGCUGCUAAUUGUCGGAGGUGGAAGUUU